CUACUGUUCCAUUAUUACCUGCACAGCUCGGCAGUCUUCACCACACUUGUGUCUCAGUGUGACCACACAGAAACAGGGAGAGACUGAGGGGACAGACGGCAGGGUCAAAUAGUCAAGAUUUUUCAUUUGAUGCCUUUUCUCCACUAGGAAGAGUCGUACCUGCCUGCUGCUGCUGACUUGUCAAAUACAUUGCAAGGCAACUGGCAGUAGCCAUGGCUGUGUGUCUGCAGAGUUGCCAACUUUGUUCCAAGUGGGGAUUUUUGCUGGUGGCGUUUUAUCUUAGCCUGUCUUUUGCCUCAGUAGUUGCUGAUCCUUUUAACCCUGCUCACCUCUACCACCACAGACCAGGACCUAAUGAAGACAACAUCAUUAUUGCCAAUAAUGGGAUCAGGGUGCCUUUGGGGAGGUCUGUCUUUCUUGACCCUCUGAGUGACCUGGUGACAGAGGUGCAGCCCGGUGACCGCUGCCACAUCACUGUUCUGGAGAAUGACCCUUUAGCACAGAAACCUGGGAUGUUGACCCCGAAGAAGUUCCCCUGCGCGUUUGGACCAGAUGAGGUCAAAUACACUCACUUUGGAUCUCGGAGUCCCAGCAAGGACCGCGUGAAGCUCCAGCUGCGUUAUGACUCCCACACAGACACAGUGAUCAUACCUUUCAUGCUGGAGGUGGAGGUGGUCUUCCAGCAGCUUGAGAUCCUUACCAGGAAUAUGCCUCUCAAUGUAGAAAAGCUCACCGGUGACAGCAACCCUAUUGACAAAAAGGCCCUGGAGUUCUCCUUUGAAGAUGGCGUCACACAGUGUAAGAUCUCCACGCUGGUCGGGGCUGGAGGUCUCCCCAGGUAUGGCACUCUUUUAAAUAGCCCCAGCAACGGCAAAAUGAUUGACUGCGAUGAGUUUGUAAAGCAGGGUAUCCGCUACAAGCACACUGCUAAGACUAAGUCCCCAAACAGAGAUUAUAUUCCUAUGAUGGUGGAGCUGCAGGACAAUGAAGGCAACACUAUUAUGCAGGAGCAUUUUCAAAUGAUGGUUAGAAUCAGAGAAGGAGCAGAGAACACGGCUCCUAAACCUAGUUUUGUGGCCAUGAUGAUGAUGGAGAUUGAUCAGUUUGUGAUGACGGCUAUAACAAGCGACAUGCUGGCUGCCGAAGAUGUAGAAUCUGACCCAGAUGAUUUAAUUUUUAACAUCACUUCGCCCCUCAGCCCUGAGCAGGGUUAUAUCAUCAGCACAGAUGAUCAGAACCUGCCAAUCACCUCCUUCUAUCAGAGAGACAUCAAAGAUCUUAAAAUAGCCUAUAAACCUCCCUCAGAGGACUCUGGAGUCGAGAGGAUUUUCCAGCUAGAGUUUGAAAUCGUAGACACUGAUGGCGCUGUGUCCGACACGUUUGCUUUUAUGAUUGUGGUGAAGCCCAUGAAUACCAUGGCACCUGUGGCAACCAAAAAUACAGGGCAGCUAUUGUUUGAGGGUCAGUCCCGACCACUUUCUAGCUCCCAGAAUUUAGAGAUCAGUGACGAGGACAACUUAGACGAUGUCAGAAUUACUGUUGUCGAUGGUCUGAAACACGGAGAUCUGACUGUGCUCGGUACACGCAGGAAGUUCUUUACACCUGCAGAUCUGGAUGCUGGAUUUGUAGUGUACCAGCAUGAUGGCAGCGACACCUACAGCGACAAUAUUAUUUUUAGAAUGACCGAUGGGAGUAAUGAGGUGGAAUUCUUGUUCCCUAUCACCAUAGUUCCCACUGAUGACGAGCCCCCUAUUAUCAAUGCUAACACUGGUCUCGUGCUCUUUAAGAAUGAAGUCAUGCAGAUCUCCCCUUUCAUUCUGAGCGCAACAGAUAUUGAUUCAGAAGACUCUAGCGUUAAGUUCAUCCUGGAGACACCUUACUCCAUUGUGGGUCAGCUGCUGUUAAGGCAGGUUGAGCCUCCGUCUGACCCAUCUCUGUGGACAUUCAGCGAAGCAGAUGAGAUGUUUGAGCAGGUGGUGACUGAAUGGUUUCAGCAGGCUAUCCUCGACGGAAAGACGGUUUACCCGCACAUCCGGAUUGGGCCACACAGUACCACGACUGUGAUUGACCAGUUUGUCUUCAGGGUCCAAGAUGAUAACGAUCCACCAAAUCAAUCAGGCGAGAAUGUGUUCACCGUCAAAAUUCACCCUGUCGACGACAUUUCCCCAGAACUUUUGCCAGGCACCACCCUUCACAUGACGGUGCAGGAGUAUGAGCUGACACACUUCAAGAAGAAAUUCCUGUGCUACACUGACUUAGAUUCAGAUGACAGGGAUCUCAGGUAUACCAUCACUAAGCCCCCAACCGACACCGAUGAGAACAAUCCCGCACCCUUAGGUGAAAUCGUACUGACUGACAAGCCUGACAUUGUAAUUACAGAGUUCACACAGGCCCAGGUUAAUCACCAUAAAGUAGCUUACAGGCCCCCAGACCAGGAGCUGGGCAUCACUCCAAAAGUGGCUCAGUUCACGUUCAUUGUAGAGGACACAGCUGGAAACACAGCAGAUGGACUUUUCACUAUCUUCCUGCAGCCGGUUGACAACAAACCACCUCUCAUCACCAACACUGGCUUCACUGUUUACGAGAGAGGUUCACAUAUUAUUACAAAGAAGGAGCUACUAGCCACUGACAGUGACACAGAAGAUGAAAAUAUCAUUUUUACUGUGGUACAGGUUCCUCAUCACGGGAAGCUGCAGUACUUAGGGAUUGACAUGACAAACAGUGAAACGUUCGUGCUUGAUGACCUUGCUAACGGCCAUGUAGCUUACAUCCAAGGUGGAUCAGAAUCAACAGGUGACGUUAUCAAACUUGACGUGAGUGAUGGUUUCCAUAACGUACCGAUUAACAUCAAGAUCUCGAUUGACCCUGUGGAUGAUGAAGUCCCCACCAUCAUGCUUCCACAUGGUCUUCUAGGAGCGUCCAUUGAUGUGCUGGAGAACGGAGCAACAGAGAUCACCAGCAACGUUUUACAGGGCCGCGAUGAGGACACAGAUGAUCUGAUGCUCACGUUCAUUGUAGAGGAACCUCCCAGGAUGGGUGAAAUCCUGGUUAACGGUGUACCUGCUGAGAGAUUCACCCAGGCAGACAUUAUUAACGGUGCUGUGGUGUACGCUCACACAUCAGGUGAAAUCGGUCCAAUCAAGGUGUACGACUCCUUCAACCUAACUCUGUCUGAUUUGUCCGAGCAGUGGGUCAUUGGUGGCAACAAAGUCCACGGGGUGAUGAUUCAUGUUACCGUCCUUCCUGUGGACAGCAUUUCACCUAUUGUUAGCGUUGGCGAGCAGUUUGUUGUCGUUGAAGGUGAGAAAAAUGUCAUUACCCUCGAUCACAUUCAAGCUGAAGAUAUUGACACAGACAACGACGACAUUCUCUGCACCAUCAUUGUCCAGCCAACGCAUGGCUAUGUGGAAAACAUUUCUCCAGCUUCAGGCUCUGAAAAAUCCCGAGCAGGGACAGCAAUCACAGCCUUUACUAUUAGAGAUGUUGCUCUUGGUCACAUCUACUAUGUCCAAAGCAUCCACAAAGGCGUUGAACCAGUGGAGGAUCGUUUCACCUUCCGUUGCUCUGAUGGCAUUAACUUCUCUGAGCGUCAUUUCUUCCCGAUAGUCAUCAUCCCUGCCAAUGACGAGACGCCUGAGAUCUUUAUUCGUGAGUUUGUGGUGAUGGAGGGCAUGAGUCUGGUUAUUGAUACACCAAUCUUGAACGCUGCAGAUGUCGACAUUCCCGGGGACGAGCUGCAAUUUGAGAUCAUCACACAACCAAAGCAUGGUGAAAUAGUCCAGCAGCUCAGCACCGGCACCGUCCCUGUAUACACAUUCAGCUUGGAACAAAUAAAAGAGGCGUCGGACAUCGUGUACGAACACGACGACUCUGAGACCAAAGAAGACAGCUUUGUAAUCAGACUUUUAGAUGGGAAACACAAAGUGGAAAAAAAAGUUCUGAUCAUGGUCAUUCCUGUCGAUGAUGAGACACCAAGGAUGGCCAUAAAUGAUGGUCUGGAUGUGGAGAUUGGAGAGACAAAGGUCAUCAGCAACAGGGUUUUGAAGGCCACAGAUCUGGACUCUGAAGAUAAAGCUCUAACUUACAUCGUGAGGUAUGGUCCCGCUCAGGGCUAUCUGCAGAGAAUCAACACAUUUGGUGACGUGUUAGGUAACAUCACCAUAGGCCAGAAUUUCACACAGGAUGACAUUGAUAAACACCUCAUUCAGUAUGUACACACAGGCCAAGAGGGAAUUCGUGAUCUGCUCAAAUUUGAUGUAACCGAUGGAAUCAAUCCCCUCAUCGACCGCUACUUUUACAUCAACAUCGGAAGCAUCGACAUGGUCUUCCCAGAUGUCAUUAAUAAAGGUGUCACUCUGAAGGAAGGAGGGAAAGUCACUCUCACGACCGACCUCCUCAGCACCUCAGAUAUCAACAGUCCUGAUGAACACCUUAGCUUUAGUAUCACAAGAGCACCAAGCAGAGGUCACCUAGAGAGUACUGACCACCCCGGUGUCCCCAUUUCCACCUUCACCCAACUCCAGCUGGCUGGCAACAAGGUCUACUACAUCCACACCUCUGAUGAUGAAAUGAAAAUGGACAGUUUUGAGUUUGAGGUAACAGAUGGCUACAACCCUGUCUUCCGGACCUUUAGAGUGUCCAUCACAGAUGUAGACAAUAAGAAACCAGUCCUGACUAUAAACAAGCUGGUCGUCGAAGAAGGAGAAACCAAACUCAUCACCCCAUUUGAGCUGACAGUCGAAGAUCGUGACACACCCGACAACCUGCUCCGCUUCAUUGUCACCCAGGUGCCCGUGCAUGGUCAGCUGCUUUUCAACAACAGCCAAACCAUCACGACCUUUACCAAACACGAUCUGAACGAGAACCUGAUCAGCUACAAGCACGACGGCACUGAGACCAUCGAGGACAGCUUCUCCUUCACCGUCACAGACGGCACGCAUACAGAUUUUUACGUCUUUCCCAACACUGUGUAUGAAACACGCAAGCCCCAGAUGAUGACCAUUCAGAUCAACACAGUGGACAACGGUGUGCCCCAGAUUUUGGUCAACAAGGCUGCAGCCUCACUGAGGGUCCUCCCAACGGGUCACGUUGGGUUCCUGAUCAGCAGCAAGGCCCUGAGAUCAGAGGAUCGCGACAGCUCUAACAGAGUUUUGAAGUACAUCGUGACCGAGGCCCCUAAACACGGCUUCAUCAUAAACUCCGGUCUGGGCAACGACAGCAUCACUACCUUCACGCAAGCUGACAUCAAUGACAUGAAGAUUUCCUACGUGUUGUUGGAUAAGAGCAACGCAACCAGUGACAUCUUUUACUUCACCGUUCAAGACAAUGGUGGAAAUAAACUGAAGCCUCAGCCUUUCCGCUUAAACUGGGCCUGGAUUUCCCUGGAGAGGGAAUACUACCUGGUAGACGAGGAUGCCAAAUUCCUGGAGGUGACGCUAAAACGCAGAGGCUACCUUGGGGAAACCUCCUUUGUCAGUAUUGCCACCAAGGACGUCACAGCUGAGAAGGACAAGGACUUCCGUGGUAAAUCCCAGAAACAGGUACAGUUCAACCCCGGUCAGACCACGGCCACAUGGAGGGUUAAGAUUUUCACGGAUCAGGAGUUCGAGACCUCGGAAACCUUUGAGAUACAGCUAUCAGACCCGGUCAUGGCGGUGCUGGAGUUUCCAAAUUUCGCAACGGUGGAGAUUGUAGAUCCCGGAGAUGAGUCGACAGUGUUCAUUCCUCAGGCGGAGUUCAAGAUUGAGGAGGACAUCGGAGAACUUCUAGUGCCUGUACGGCGUUCCGGGGACGCCAGCCAGGAACUCAUGGUUGUUUGUUACACACAGCAAGCCACGGCCUCCGGUACCAUACCCAGCACGGUCCUGUCCUACUCUGAUUACAUCACUAGGCCGGAGGACCACAACAGUGUCCUGCGCUUCGAUAAGGACGAACGUGAGAAAAUGUGUCGCAUCAUCAUCAUCGAUGACUCCCUGUACGAGGAGGAAGAGAGCUUCAACGUCAGCCUCAGCAUGCCCAUGGGCGGGCGAGUGGGCGCUAACUACCCAACAGCCAAGAUAACCAUCCUGGCUGACAGUGAUGACGAGCCCUCCCUGUACUUUGGUGAACCUGAGUAUGUGGUGGACGAGAGUUCAGGCUACGUGGAGGUUAAAGUUUGGAGGACAGGAACUGAUCUGUCCAAGACGGCCACUGUCAUGGUCCGCUCCAGGAAGUCUGACCCGGUCUCAGCAGAGGCCGGUCUGGACUAUGUUGGCAUUAGUCGCAAUCUGGACUUCGCUCCUGGUGUGACAAUGCAGACCUUCAGAGUGACCAUCCUGGAUGAUCUGGGUCAGCCAGAGCUAGAGGGACUGGAGACCUUUGACCUCGUGUUACGAAUGCCCAUGAAUGCAGUUUUGGGAGAACCGAGCAAGACCACCAUCACCAUCAACGAUACCUUCACUGACUUGCCAAAGGUUCAGUUUAAAGAAGGCAGCUACAAGGUGGACGAGGCAGACGGUGAGGUCAAAGUCAUAGUGUACCGCAGUGGAGACAUCAGCCUGGAGUCCACAGUACGCUGCUACACCCGCCAAGGCUCAGCCCAGGUUAUGAUGGACUACAGCGAGAGGCCCAAUACUGACGCAUCCCUCAUUACUUUCAAACCUGGUGAGACCGAGAAGCCAUGUGUUGUCAGUCUGAUGGACAACUCUGUCCACGAAGAAGACGAGGAGUUCCGCUUGGUCCUGGGAUCUCCUAAGAGCAAGUCUAAGUAUGGAGCAACUAUCGGGGAGCAGAAGGAAAUCUUGGUUACAGUCACAGAUGAAAAAGACAAGUCCAUCAUCCGAUUCUCAGAGAUUAAGUACAGCGUGCGUGAACCUCAGGUCAAAGGAGACGUGGCAGUGGUGAAGAUUCCUGUGCUUCGUAUUGGGGACACUUCAAAGGUGUCGGUGGUGAGAGUUCACACCAAAGACGGCUCUGCGACCUCGGGGGAGGACUACAACCCAAUGUCCGAGGAUGUUGAGUUCAAGGAGGGUGAGAAGGAACACUUUGUGGAGAUUGAGAUUCUCUAUGAUGGACAGAGGGAGAUGAGAGAGGCCUUCACUGUCCACCUGAAGCCUGAUGACAAUAUGGUGGCUGAAGUACAGAUGAACAAAGCCAUUGUGUACAUUGAGGAGAUGGACAGUGUGGCCGACGUGACCUUCCCUGCUGUGCCUCAAGUGGUUUCUCUGCUCUCGUACGAUGACACUGCUAAAGCCCGAGACAGACCCCACCCUCCCAAUGGAUAUCCUGUUGUGUGUGUGACGGCCUGUAACCCUAAGUAUCACGACUUUGAUAAAACCGGUUCCAUCUGCGCUGCGGAGCACAUCAACGACACUCUCACCCAGUACCGCUGGAUGGUCAGCGCUCCCACUGGGUCGGACGGUGUGACCAGCCCCAUGAGGGAGGUGGACACCAACACAUUCUUCACCAACACCAAGUCUAUCACUUUAGAUUCAAUUUACUUCCAAGCUGGCUCCAGGGUUCAGUGCGCUGCAAGAGCCUUCAACGCUAACGGAGAUGCAGGCCUGGAACUGUCUAGUCCCAUUGCUGUGGUCAGCAAAGAGGAGGGUAUGUGUCAGCCUCGUGUUCCUGGUACUGUUGGUGCUGAACCAUUCUCUGCUAAGAUCCGUUACACUGGCCCAGACGACCCAGACUUCCCAAAUCUAAUUAAACUAAUUGUCACCAUGCCACACAUGGAUGGUAUGUUACCGGUCAUCUCCACACGGGCCCUGUCCAACUUCGAGCUUACGCUGAGCCCAGACGGCACCCGUGUGGGCAACCACCGCUGCUCCAACUUACUGGACUUCAACGAGAUCCAAACGAGCCACGGCUUCAUCACAGACGCGACCAAGAACCCAGAAAUUAUCGGAGAGACAUCACCUUACCAGUACAGCCCUAUCAUGCGCUCGGCCAACUCUCUGCGUUUCUAUAGGAACCUGAACUUGGAGGCCUGUCUCUGGGAGUUCACCAGUUACUACGACAUGUCCGAGCUUCUGAACGACUGCGGAGGUUCCAUUGGCACAGAUGGACAGGUUCUGAACCUUGUCCAGUCCUACGUCACCUUGCGCGUCCCACUGUUUGUGUCCUACGUCUUCCACUCUCCCGUGGCCGUUGGCGGCUGGCAGCACUUUGACCUGCAGUCCGAGCUUAAGCUGACCUUUGUGUACGAUACAGCUAUUCUGUGGCAGGAUGGCAUUGGCAGCCCGCCUGAAGCUGAGCUUCAAGGAUCCAUGUACCCCACCAGCAUGCGUAUCAACGAAGAGGGCCGUCUGGUUGUCAACUUCAAGACCGAGGCUCGUUACAGGGGACAGUUUGUUAUGUCUCAUCCAGGAACCAGCAUGGCGUCCAUGGUAAUAUGUGCUGACCACCCCGGGCUGACGUUCACUCUCGCCCUGGUCAGGACUGAGCCCACCUAUAACCAGCCCAUGCAGCAGUGGAGUUUCGUCUCAGACUUUGCUGUGAGAGACUACUCUGGCACCUAUACAGUCAAGCUGAUCCCUUGCAUUGCCUCCCCCAAUGGAGAGUUCAGCAUCCCCCCUGUCUGCCACCCAAGAGAGCCGGUGACCUUUGACAUGGACAUACGCUUCCAGCAGGUCAGUGACCCAGUUGCAGCUGAGUUUAGCCUCAACACCCAGAUGUACCUCCUGUCCAAGAGGGAGCUGUGGUUGUCUGACGGCUCCAUGGGCUUUGGAGAAGGGUCAGAUGCUGCUUUCACAGAAGGCUCCUCCAUCUACGGCCGUGUGAUGGUGGACCCAGUCCAGAACCUCGGCGACUCAUUCUCCUGCAGCAUUGAGAAAGUCUUCCUCUGCACGGGAGCAGAUGGUUAUGUUCCCAAAUAUAACCCCACAAACAAGGAGUACGGAUGCCUGGCUGAUGCUCCAACUCUGCUGUACAGGUUCAAGAUCUUGGAUAAGGCCCAGCCAGAAACUCAAGCUAAGGCAUUUGGGGAUGUUCCUUUUAAAGCCACACUGGCACAUGAGACGCCUGGAGCUCUGCCUUUGGUCAAACAACCUGGAGCCGACGGUUUCACCCUGUCUUCAUCUCCACUUUUCCAGGUUGCUGCUGGUCGUGAGUGGUUCAUCCAUACUAUCUACACCGUCCGCUCCAAGGAAAAUGCUAACCGAAACAUUGGCAAGCGCAGCGUGGAAUACCUCCACCACAGCGUGUCCUCUUAUGUGCAGCCACAUCAGACAUCGGACGGAGCCUCUCGCCGCCGCCGUGCAGCCCCUGCCCUGCCCGGCCCUGCCCUCGCCGAGGACAUCGGCGUGGAUAACAACCGUGGCACCAACAUCCAACACAUCGCUCUGGACCGGGCAGAUCGCAUGGUGGUCAGCCAGCGCCAGCCCUGGUCCCCCAACCAUGACACUCUCCUAGAUCGCCCCCUGCUGGAGAGUUCUGGCAGAGAGCCUGCUGACACAUCCACCCUGCCCAUGUUAGUAGGCCUGGCAGGUCUGAUCCUCCUCAUCUGCCUAAUCGCCACCAUCGUCAUUCUCCUGCUGCGGCGUAAGAAGAAGAAGGAGAAGAGCGACCAGUUUCCUCCCUACAGCACCUCCUCCUCCUCCGCCUACAACGGCUACAGCCAGGGCUCAGCGGGCAUGUGGAGCAGUUCAGACAGCUCUGAGGUCUAGAUGUGGCCCUGCUGACAGAAACAACUGCCCACCAUCUCGUGACUAUACCUUCUUACUCACCACUGUGCCUUCACUGCCCUGCUGUUGUCGCACUGAGGGGCCGAGAACAGCCUAGUACUCGAUGUUAGUGCUCGGGGCCCACACGCAGAGAUUGCUCCAGUAUUCUGAAGCUCUGUGAUCUCUGGCGAGGCGUAGUCCUGGCUGUAACGUUUCAUUGGCAAUUGUCUUUGCAGCCUAAUCUGAUUCAUGGAUGUACUUAUAUAUUAUCUGCUCAAUUGUAGGUCAGGUAAAAUGUCCCACAUUAUCAGAGUGCAUGUAAAAUCCCACGUAGUUCAUACUUUCUGUUUCUCAUUUAAAGAAAAUACAUAGUUUACUGAGUUCCUUUUUUUUUAUAAUUGUAUUUCACUGUUCACUAUGUCGUGUAGAACAAUUUGACUGAAUGUCAGUUGAGGUUGACCUUAACGAAUGAUCUUCUAUUAAUGCUGUGUCUUCUGUUGCUUUAAUACUGUAACUGCCCGGUGCUGAGGUAACUCCACAUCUCUGAUGUCACGUAAAAGGUCUUGUAAAUGUUGUAAUUCCCUUUUCAACCACAUCUUUCAGGUUAAUGCGGUUAAAGCAGAUAGAAUCGAAUCUGUAUAUAUAUGAACGCUGGACUAUCAAAAUAGGUAU